GAGGACACAGUGUUAUGUUUCUAGGUUUCCCCUGGAGGAUAUUACAGUAACUUUCAGUGGUUAAUGAAUAGCUUCCUGGUGCCUGCUUCACUUAAUUGUUCAAAGGCCGUUUGCUCCUGUGUAUAAGGCUGCGACUUGGCUAAUGAGUGCACUUCCCUGAGCAGGCCUGGAAGCACAGGAGUGGCAGGGUCAGACGGGCUCCAGAGAAGCAGGGAUGCAGAACAGGACUGUUCUAAUUCUCUGUGCCCUCUCCCUCCUCACAGGCUUCCUGAUGAUCUGCCUGGGGGGCUUCUUCAUCUCCAACUCCAAAUUUCACUCUCAGAGGAAUCUGGUCGUGUCCUACGUGCUUCUGCCUAUGGGGUUUAUGAUCCUGCUGAGUGGAAUUUUCUGGGCUACUUACUGCCAAGCAAGCGAAAACAAAGAGAUGUUCAACCAUGCGCUCAGACAGCACCUUGCUUCCCCGGACCUGCCCCUGGCCACAGUAGACAGGCCUGACUUUUACCCCCCAACUUAUGAAGAAAGCCUGGAUGCUGAGAAACAGGCCUGCGCUGCAGGCAGAGGGCUUCUGGGAGUCCCUCCUCCUCCAUAUACAGCAACAAGCCUUGAACUUGAAGAUGAAAAUGACCCGCAGCCAGAGGCCCCACCCCCCUACCAGGAGAGAACAGCGGAUGCAGUGGUUACAGCAGAGGCACCGGAUGCUGAUGCCCAGGGACCAAGCCUGGCACUAAAGGCAGGACCUGCUCUCCUGUACUCAGAACUCACCAGCUGCUGAGGAGACAGGCUGGCCAGGGACUGGGAAGCUGCUCUGCCACUCUGCACUGGAGCAAGGCCACCAUGGGUUCAAGGGCAGCAUGGAGCCAUUGAAGUUCAUAGCCACCAGCAGGAAGUUGGUGCAGAGAAAUCCCAUGAAGCCCAACCCAAGUGAACUUUAGACUGAAGAGAAGGUAUAUGGCCAGGCCUUCUGCCUCCCUGCUAACCCCAUGACCUCAACUCAAGCCUGGAGGUGCACUUACUGUUGGUGGGACUGCCACGGCCCUUCACAUACUAUGUCCAAAGAAUCUCAAGGGAAGACUGCCUGGGAGGCAGCCUUGGAGUCACCCCACUGACCAUGCUACCUGAGUGACUUCAUAGCUCAUACACAUCAUGGGAAGUGUUCUAGGAACCUAGGGACAUUAUUUUGUAUCAUUUUAUUUUAAUUAUGUAUGUUUUUUUCUGUAUGAAAGGGAAGAGACUGCAAUAUUUGCUUUUAAAUGGUACAAACACAAAACACUGAGUUACCUCUUCAAGAGGUCCUGAUACAGGCACAUAGGGGUUCUUACUGAUUCAAGUUGACUAAAUAGAAUACUUAAUUCAUGAUCCAGGGAGUCAAGAGUGAUGCUAAUAUACAAUAUAUUACAAAUCUUGUGAAAUUUAAAAAUGUUUAUAUGCAGUUUUCCAGGAUGUUCCCCCAACUCAAAUUCAGAAUGUAAGGUAUCAAAAACUGUAAGGUCAUGUUUCCAUUACCGGGAUGUUUUUUGUGUCUCAACAUCUAGAAGUCUAGUUCUCGACUUAAAAACCCAAUGGUCCCUCCGUGGUUUUAUUUUCUUGGUGGGGUUUCUUAAAAUCAGAGAACAGGUUGUCGGGAGGAUAGUCGCAGGACACACAGGCUGAGACUUUGGACGUGGAUGAGGGUAUCCAUCUUCCCGCCUCAAGUUCUCUCUCUCCCAAGUGAGGCAUCUAUGCUCAGGUUGAUAUCUAACAGUUAUGGCAUGCCUUUCACGUGUUGGGUUCAACUAGUCCUCCAUGUGUGUUAUUUAGCCCCCUGCCCCAUCUUUAAGAGGUAGGUGCUAUGAGCAUUCCUGUUUUAGGGAUGUGUCAACUGAGGUUUCGAGGAUUCAGGAAAUGUGUUCAAUAAAACAGCAGCCUCAAGGAAGGUGAAGAAUCAAAAGGCACAUGAUGGGAGUCACUCACCUCACGCUUUUGAGUUAGGCUAGUUAUGUCUUUCCUCUUUCCUGGACACAGCUUAGAUUUCUCGUUCCAUGUCAAAAGUGACCCCUAACAGAAAGUAAUGUUCCAGGUCACUGCCACACCGUCCACGCUUGAAGAAGCAGCUGAGGUGGCUUUAGGAUUAUUGGGCUUUUUGGUUAAAAUGUGCCAGCCUGUUUCCCGUCUGUGAAAUGGGCCCUCAUAGUGCAAUUUUCCUGAAUCCUACAGAGGGCAGCCACGAUGAUGGCCACAGGAGAAGAGCCUUUGAAAACUCACAGGGAAGAAUGAAAUCUUUCAAGAAGAGAGUCAUCAAGGUGGGACCGGGUAUCCAUGGUCUCAGCUUCUCCAUUGGUGCGGAGUACACAGUUUGCGAACGGACUGGUAAAUACACAAGAUGCCAAAUGAACAAAACCCUAGUCCAUGAAUCUCUGCUUUGAAUCCUGGACAAUGAAGGAAUGACUAGAUAGGAAGGCCACUGAUGACUGUUCAGCAGGACGGUGACCAUUUAUUAACAGUGCAAUUUGUCAUUUCUUUCCUGUCAUCUCUUUUCAUCCCCCUCCUGAGCAGUUUACCCCACUGGUCUGAAUGACCAGCAUUAUCCGACUUCUACCCAGAUUUGCACACAGAAUAGAUGUUUUUUCUACCACCGGGGGACAGAUGAACCAAACGUUCAAUUUGGUUUGCAUACAUUGUAUUAGUUUCC